UGGCGUCUGACAGCCAGCCAGACAGCCAGACCGACCGAGGGCCUGAUGAGUUGUCGCCCGUCGCCCUUCCCGCGGAGUGAUGCCAUGGCAAUCCAUUGCUCCGUGUGGUGUGGACAUGGCCAUGCCCGUCGCCAUUAUCGCUGCCGGGCCUCGCAUGACCCCAUGUGGAAUGGGCAAACUGGCCCUGCACACGAGGGAGUGGUGCCAAGCCAUUCCACCCUACCCAUCCAGAGCAUAGCAAGGCCGCUAUCAGCUCAAGCUCGCCGUGUAUGCGCGGGGAACGUUUGGGCUGUGGGCCCCCUCUUCGCUGCCGCCCACUUCGACCUAGCGGGCCAUGUCGUGCAUACACAUGCGUCCAGACUCUCAGCCUGGCCAGCCUUCCUGUGCCCAUGCUGCCCAUGCUGCCCAUGA